CAUGGAAAACGGGGACGCCCUUAAAAUUCAGUCACGUCUGUUUUGGAUUGUGUAGUGCAGUGCAUGCAGAUAAAUUGCCUAACCUACAUCCUACUUGAUGUGCUUACAAAUAUGCGACCCCUCAAACAUAAAGACUAUAUUUUUAUAUAGAGAGCUCUAAUUAUCUAACUGGUUUGGAAGCAUGUGUAGUGGCUAUAAACCACAGAUGGCAGAUGGGGUUAAUUGUCCUUGCGUGCUCCCAUGCAUCCGCUUGGUGUUUUCCUCCUGAUAAGGUUGCCACAGGAGGUGCUACACUAUCUGCACACAACGGAAUUAUGGUAUGGCAUGGCAGGUGCACACAUAUCGUCUUGGCAACCGGUAUUUCUCUCCUGCUUUUUUUCUGAAUGAAUUAUUUCACUGUUUAACGCGCGCGUGAGACAUGAGCUCCGGGACUGAAAAAACAGCUCAACGGAUAUAAUCAUCAGGCACGGUAUAAUUGUCAGGAUGCUGAAACUGCGAAUGCUCAAUGCUAUUGCGCCAGCCUACUUCUAUACUGCCACAGCAGUCACCUUUGUUCUCCAUUUCUUCCUUUUCAUCCCCACUAUUUUCCAAACCCAAAAUGUUACACUGAGUCCUGUCAUGCUGCUCCACAUUACUAUUUUACUAUUUUUCAUGCUCAAUGCACUCGGUAAUUACUCAAUGACUGUAUGGUUUCCAGCAGAGAGUGCCAAUGAGAACAUUAUUCCAGUCUGUUCACCUGACUGUCCAGACAGAGUGGAUGCUCACUACCUCCUUAAUGGCCGGCACUUCUGCAAACUGUGUAAGAAAGUCAUUCUAAAACGGGACCACCAUUGUUUCUUCACGGGAAACUGCAUAGGGAACAGGAACAUGCGCUAUUUUAUCAUGUUCAGUAUCUACACGUCCUGUACCUGCCUAUACUCUCUGGUGCUUGGGGUAGCCUAUCUCACAAUAGAGUAUGCCAUCUCCUUUGAAAACCCUUUGACCUUCCUCACACUUUUACCCCUCUCCACAGGUUACUUCUUCCUCGGUAAGUUGUUUUUAUUUUCUCACAAUGUGGAGAGAUCUAUUCCCGAACCACUGCCUGAAGCAUACUUAAUUUUCCCCCCUCUUUUUCUAGGUGCCAUCUCAGGCCUUCAGUUCUUUCUGAUCAUCAUGCUCUAUGUAUGGCUAGGCAUUGGUUUGGUGAGCGCUGGUUUCUGCUGCCAACAAAUCUUGCUUGUGGCCCGCGGACAAACCUGGUGCCAGCUACAGAAAGGGCAGCUAGUGGAGAGCAGAGGAACAUGGCGAUCCAAUUUGAGUGAUGUAUUUGGUUCCCGCUGGGUACUGGGCCUCUUUCUACCGGUACAGACUGUGGAGACGACUCCAGGAAACUGGCAUAGUUAUCAUGACCACAAGCAUAACUGACUAUAUUUAUUAAGUGCUUAGAUAUGAAGACUUCAUACGGCAUCUGCUGUUCUAAGUGAUUUGCAGGAUGAAGAAAUGAUGACAUUGUUGUAGAGAUUAGGUGGCAUUUCUCACUUAGAAUUAAUACAUCUAUUGAUGUUCAUCAGUGUCAUUCCGAUUAAAUGGUGUUUUUUUAUUGAAUUCCUAGACCAUAGUUUUGAUUAGGAAUUAUCCAUUUGAUAAACUAGAAUUAAUGAGGGAUUUAUACCUGAUCUUAUAAGAAACCAUCACAACCAUCGUUUGAAGCAGCAAGACUGCACAAAAUGAAAUUUGAUGACCCUAUGGCAUCAUUACACAU